CAGUAACAUAUUAUUGAUCACCAUGCAGAAGAAACUGCAAGGUCUAUUACGAAAUUAUGAAUUAGUUACAUACUGUGAAGAUACGCAUUUUUAAUUUUGCUUGAGUUGCCAAAUGGUUAGGUAUGCACUGAUCUUCGACCUGGAUGUGUGUUAACCAGCGAGUUGCCCAUUUGGUCCCUGUGGCAUGGAGGUCAUGAGUUGUUGAAAGGUUUUCUUCUCUGAGAGUUCACAUAGUUGCAAGAAGUGUCACGUACGGUUAAUACUGAUAGAUUAGCUAUGUUUAUUCUGCAAAUAAGCUAAUCCCCUUGGAAUGCCGGUGAAGGUUUCUGAGGAAAUCUGUCAAGGUUGAACGUCAGAUCAUGUUAUGCCGGCAUUUUACCAAGUGUAACCGCAGCCGGGCCGUCGGGAAAAUCCGCCGAAUGCUUUGUGUCGAAACUGUUGAUGACCUUAGGUAAGUUCACACUUCGGAGGAUACAUCAUUUUAUUUUGUUGAGCUUUCUCAUAUUCGUGAUGAUCAUCAGUUCGAGUGCAGCGACUUUUUCGGAGGAGUACUUCUUAUAAAACGAGUAAUAUCAUUUUUUAUAUGUUCUGGGGUGUUUUUACCGAGGUCGUUAGUGCUUCCGGAAGCUGAACUGGGGGGUUUCGGUUGUUUCCGCGUGCGAAAUGUGGUUUCUAGGUUUUUCCGCUAGCUCAUUUUUAUUGUGAACUUGAUUCAUCUUUACCUGCAUUCCGUGGAAAAGUUCGUCAUUUUGCGUCUUUGCGACCGUCGCGUGCAUUCGUCUCCUGAAACCCUGUGAACGAAUUUUUGAAACCUGUGCUUUCCGAGUUAGUGAUGAGUUAUCGAAGCUAUGAGCACCUGCAGUUAUCGAAGCUCUCGCAUGCAGAAGAGUACUAAUAAUAAUGCUCAACCAUCAGAUCUGAUUCGUGGAUUCGUGUACCGCCUGUUCCAAUCUUGAACCCGCUUCUCUCGUGACGGUAUCAUUUUAUAAAAGUGUUUGAAAUCUCGUAAGGAUGGCUGGUGGUUCGAAGCGACCGACUGGGAGUUCCGAUGGUUGUUCCAAUCCUCCGUUCCUCAUAGGGGUCACUGGUGGAACUGCUUCCGGAAAGUCAACCGUAUGUCAUCGUAUCAUGGAGAUGCUUGGACAGAACAACGUCGCGGAGCAUCAACGCAAGGUGGUUUGCAUCAGCCAGGAUUCGUUUUACAAGGAACUGACUGAUUCCGGGAACAAAUCCAAGGCUAUCAAGGGAUUGUACAAUUUCGAUCAUCCAGAUGCAUUCGACGAGAAAGCGCUGUUUGAAGUCCUGGUGGACAUUCAGCAUGGAAAACCGUGUCGGAUACCCGUGUAUGAUUACGUGAACAACUGCCGAAAAGAGAACGAAUUCCAAGUAAUCCACAACGCAGACGUGGUGCUUGUGGAAGGCAUACUAGUGUUCUACUUCCGGGAAAUCCGGGAUCUGUUCGAUAUGAAGUUGUUUGUUGACACGGACGCGGAUACGAGGCUCAGCAGACGUGUGCUUCGAGACACCCAAGACCGAGGCAGGGACCUCAGAGUCGUACUCAACCAGUACGUGUCGCUGGUUAAGCCUGCUUUCGAAGAGUUCUGUUUGCCGGUAUGUUCCGACUUCCCGUUUGACUGGACGAAGAAGCAUGCCGACGUGAUCAUUCCGCGGGGAGCUGAGAACGUAGUGGCGAUUGACUUGAUCCUGAAGCAUAUUCAGGAGAUCCUGACGGCGAGGACUGAAGGAAGACGUGUGUCCAUGGGAGCGGUGAAUCGCAGUCGGCAUCAUUCGGACUCUUUGUACAAACCUACGGUUCACUGA